CCUGGAUCUCAUGCGAACUGGACUGAGCUUUCAUCCAGCGCAAUGAGCAACAGAUUUGUGGGCACCUGGAAGCUCGUCUCCAGUGAGCACUUCGAUGGCUACAUGAAAGCUCUGGGUGUGGGGCUAGCCACCAGAAAACUGGGAAAUUUGGCCAAACCCAGAGUGAUCAUCAGUAAGAAAGGGGAUAUGAUAACCAUAAGGACUGAAAGCACCUUUAAAAAUACAGAGAUCUCCUUCAAGCUAGGCCAGGAAUUUGAAGAAACCACAGCUGACAACCGGAAAACAAAGAGCAUCGUAACCUUGGAGAGAGGCUCACUGAAUCAAGUGCAGAAAUGGGAUGGCAAAGAGACCACAAUAAAGAGGAAGUUGGUGGAUGGGAAAAUGGUAGUGGAAUGUAAGAUGAAAGGCGUGGUCUGCACCAGGAUUUAUGAGAAGGUCUGA